GUGAGGACAAGAUGAUGCACAGAUACCAGGAGCGUUGUCAGCUUCCUCACAGCAACAUCGCGCGUCAUGACGACUCUAGCCUUCUGCACGCAGUUUCCAAGCUACCCAUAAAAGCCUAGUCUCGAAGAGGCUGGGCGCACAGUGCGUAUAUAGAGGGCAGCACAGAUCACCACAACGAUAGUCAUUGAAUUCCUCCACCCUGCAAUUACAAUCACAAUGGUUCUCAAGAUACACGGCCAUGCUGUCGCUCCCCUCGUCAGACUCGUUGCAGAAGUCUGCCGAGAGAAGGAAGUGCCGUACGAGCUUGUGAACGUGGAAGUCUACAAAGGGGAACACAAAACGCCUGCCUUCAGAGAGUUCCAACCAUUCGGACAAGUCCCCUACAUAGAUGACGAUGGAUUCGUUCUCUACGAAUCCAGAGCCAUUUGCAGAUACAUUGCAAAGAAGUACGCAUCACAAGGCACUCCAGAUCUUGUGCCCCAUGACCCAAAAGCGGAGGCAAUCUUUGAACAAGCGGUGUCAAUCGAAACGUCGAACUUUUACCCGUUUGCAUUGGGUAUUACCACGGAGAAAAUUAUCAAGAAACAUCGUGGCCUAGAACCAAAUGAAGCCAGGAUAUCCGAACUGCUGAACAACUUGAAGGCAAAACUUGAUGUGUACGAGGUUAUACUCGGAAAACAGGCAUAUCUUGCAGGAGGUAACGUUACCUUGGCCGACCUAUUCCAUCUUCCGUAUGGGACAGUCGUAUUCGAAGAAUUGGGGUACGACUUGUUGGAAAAUAGACCGAACGUAGCAAGGUGGUGGAAGGAGAUUACUUCGAGACCUUCGUGGCUCGCGGUCAAAGCCAAAGCUUAA